UCUUAAAAUUUCUAAACCCCAAACCUGAAAGAUUCCCGUUAGCUUGAACGGAGCAAAACCCUAAUUUCUCCCCGGGAAUCCCUAGCGGAGGAAUCGCCAUGACAAAUAGUUCGUCGCCCAAAAGGAACGAGCAAGAUCAGCCUGAAACCAGUGGACCUGUACUCAAAUCACUGAAAACCAAGCUUAGCAAGCCUGAAGACGCAGAAAAGAAGAUUGUAGGCAAGAAGUUGAAAGAUGUGGAGAUCAGUGUUCCAAUUGUUUAUGGCAAUAUCGCAUUCUGGCUUGGUAAAAAAGCAAAUGAGUAUCAAUCUCACAAGUGGACAGUAUAUGUGCGAGGGGCUACUAAUGAGGAUACCAGUGGGGUGAUAAAGAAGGUUGUUUUCCAGCUUCACUCUAGCUUCAACAAUCCAACAAGAGUUGUUGAAUCACCGCCUUUUGAGUUAUCGGAGCAAGGAUGGGGUGAAUUUGAGAUUGCUAUAACGCUUCACUUCCACAGUGAUGUUUGCGAGAAGCCUUUAAGCUUAUAUCAUCAAUUGAAGUUGUACCCAGAAGAUGAGUCUACUUCCUUGUCAAUCAAGAAGCCAGUCGUAGUAGAAUCCUAUGAUGAGCUUGUUUUCCCUGAGCCUUCAGAGAGCUUUUUAGCUCGGGUGCAGAAUCAUCCUGCUGUGAGCGUGCCUAGAUUGCCUGUUGGUUUUACUUUACCUACUCCUGGUAUGUCUUUUGGCCAAGUUACUGCAUCUUCAGUCCAACACUUUUUUGUUCAAUUACUUCAGUUUUAUGUGUUUGUGGUGGAAGCUGAAGACCCAAGUGAAAGGAAGAGAGUUGACACUAAGGACCAUCCGCUAACCCAAUGGUUCACCAAUUUUUCUGAAGCAGAUGAGUUGUUACAACUUGCUGCAGCUCGCCAGCAGGUGCAAACUCAUAUUGCAAAACUCAGACGACAGAUAACCGUGAUUGAAGGACAACAGCAACAGUUGAAACCCUCUUCCGACCAGUAAUUUACCAUAUGUGCGCAGAAAUCUCAAAUCCUAUAAGUUCAUGUCCAUUAGUACUCAAGCAAAGAGUUAGAGAUUUCUCAGAUUUGUAGCAGAAUAGUUGGACCAGUAAGCUAAUAUAUUAUCAAGCUUUGUCAUUUCACCUGUUACCUAUUUUGUCCUCAAGUUUUUGCCAUCUCACCUCUGAUCCUGUACCUGGAUAAUUAUAAAUGUCAUUCUGUACAUUAAGAAAGAGCAGCAGUGUGCAAUGUAUCAUUUCAUCAUUAAUAGAACAUAUUGAAUUCGCUGCAGCUCCAGUAACUGCUUAGUUGAGUUUCUGGAGUCGUGUUUCGGCACAUGGAUCCUUGACUUUGAUGUGUAACCUCGGACUUGAC